AUGAGGCAAACACGGUUCUCGGCGGCCGUUCUGGCUCUCGCCGUUGCUUCGGCGAGGGCGGCCGAGAUCCUCUAUGUGACGGACAUGCCUGCGUACGAAGCUCUGUCGGCUCUCCGCUACAACGUCCAGUCGCAAACCUACGACGCAUGCCCCGAAGCUGUGUCGGAACUCCAGUCGUGUGUCUGCACCAAGAACAACAAUUUCGCCUCCAUAUCCUCCCAAAUUUCCGCCUCGGUCAGCUACUCGUGCGGAUCGACGGCCAGCGAGGACCACGCGUCAGCUCAAAGUGUUUUCAAGGCGUACUGUGACCCAAGCCUAACAGUCUCAUUCCCGUCUCCGACCGCCGUCAGUGUCUACAUCACGGAUAUCCCCGAGUACGACUACCUGGCACCAUGCGCGAAGAGCGCCAUCAAAUAUGGAGUUGGGACGGUGACCUACGAACUCUGUCCAACCAACGCGCCUGCACUCGCGAGCUGUGCCUGCAAGAAGAACCAGAACUCGCUCAAGAUCAGCCAAGCUAUCAACUCGGAGGCCAAGUCAUCGUGCUCCGGGCACUCGAUGGACAUCUCGUCGGCCCAGGCCAUGUUUGCUGCUUACUGCGCCAUGAACGACGGCACAACGAAAUUCCCUGUCCCGUCCAACCCCCCCGGCGACAAUCUGCCACAGUAUAGUUCCCUCGCGCCAUGCGCGGCGUCGGGGCUACUGUACGCCGUUCAAUCUAAAAUGGAUAACUUGUGCCCCAGCGGCCCACAGGCUCUUGCGUCGUGUGUGUGCCUUAAGGAGGGCAUGACGAUGGACGUUCUGAGGGACAUUACUUCGUCCGUCAAGUGGGAUUGCUCUUCGACUGCCACCGAAGACGUUUCUUCUGCCGUUGCCGUUUUCGACUACUAUUGCAGCGCUGCCGAGGCAAAGGUAACGGCCGCUGGCGUUUCCAACUCGAUAGAGCAGACGUACCCAGCGACCCGCGCUACCACCAACGGCCCGAAACAGACAGGAAAUGGCGGCAACAGCGAUAGCAGCGACGACGGCAACGGAAACUCGGGCAGCGACGGAUCGGACGGUUCGUCCCAAGGGGGCGACAACGAGAGUUCAAGCGGGAGCAACACGGGCGUCAUUGUCGGAGCUGUGGUUGGUGUCAUCGGCGGCCUUGCUGUGAUCGGAGCCAUCAUCUUCUUCGUCCUCAGAGCGAGGAGGAACCGGCCUGAUUCGUUGCGGAUCCCGGACAACGCGAACGACCCGCCUGUUCCUCUCGGACCGUACGGCGGUAAGGCGGAAUUGGCCAGUGACUCGGUCGCCUCGCCACGCCCUCCAAGCCCGUCCCCGAGCACGCUCAAGGUGGGCGCCAUUCCUGGUCGUGUCAGCACCGUUUCACCCGUCUCCGCCAAUACUACCGGCGCCUUCGCCCCGCCUCCGAACAACCAAGCUGAGCUCAGCGGGCAGGCAGCGUUCUUCCCGCCGAUGCCGAACCGCCCCGAGCUGCACAACCAACACACAGGCACGCCGUCGACUCUUUCUCCAAACACGCCCGAGCUCCAUGGCCAGGCCCAGGCCCAGGCCCAGAACGCCAUGUUCGCUGCUCCGGCACCAAAUGCGCCGGAACUCUAUGGCCAAGGCGCCCCGUCAGCCAACCGACCAGAACUCCAGGGUCAAGGCGCCAUGGUUCCGCCAUCACCACAUGCUCCCGAGCUCUACGGCCAAGGCGCCCCCGCCCCCAACCGACCAGAACUUCAAGGCCAAGGCGCCAUGAUGCCUCCGCCACCAAACGCCCCCGAGCUCUACGGCCAAGGGGCGCCAGCGCCCAACCGGCCCGAACUCCAGGGCCAAGGUGCCAUGUACGCCGCGACGCCGGCCAACAUGUCAGAACUGCAGGGCCAGGGCUCACAAUACCACAACGCCAACCCCAACCGGCCCGAGUUGGCGGGCCAAUACAGCUACCCCCCACAGCAGCAGCAGCAACAGCAGCAGCAGCAUCAACCCCCCUACCCGCCACAACAAUCACCCCACAUGCAGCCCUACUCACCCCAACAAUCCCCCUACGAUCAACAACACCAAUACCAGCAACAGCCACAACAACACCAAUACCCACAACAACAACAACACCAACAGCAAUACCCCUCGCCAACCCCAUCACCCCACCCCCCGCAGCUGCAACCGGGAUACCACGCCUACAGCCCAGGCACACCGCCCCCCAAUAGUGGUGCGUACGGCCAACAGCAGCAGCAGCAGCAUCCACAGGCGUCUUGGCAGGCUGGGCCGGUGCCGGAUUUGCAUGAGAUGGAUGGGGGGAGGGAGGGGAGGUGA